CCUGUAAACCUAACACACACACAUAAUUUGCGUUUCCAGUUCAUAUUUCUUUUUUAAUCACCGAUUUUAAUAGAUGAUACCUCAGAAGAACUGACCUAGGACAUACAAAUUCUAAAAUACAGCAAAUAAGCAACCAAAAAAUGACGGAAUCGGCUAACUUUCUAUUCGACUUGGUCAUCACCAAUCUGAAUAUUUUUGGCGUAACGAUUGACGAACCCGCCAAACUCCUGGUGGAAACCAAGGUUGCCGGAAAAUCAGUGAAGGUAACGUCCAGCCGAAUCAAUGUCGACCAGUUUGUGGCCGGCAGGGAGUUUGAGCUCCCAAUGGAAGCAUCGACAUUGCGUCAAAGUCUGGAGGAGAAGGGUUUGACUUUGGCGGGUGUUUACCAGGGAUCAACUCUUGGCAAGGCCACGGGGAACUUCCCUGUGGAGUUUCUUGACAAGAUCAGCCCCACGAUGAACGAUCUGGUGCACGAAGAUACACUCGAUUUGGUUCGUCGAGUUGAUGUAGUUGGAACGGUGAGCGUUCUAAUCCGCUUGACCGUAAAGUGCGAGGAGCACCCAGAGCAGAAGCCUUCAAGGCAAAGUCUUUCCCGAACCAGCAAAUCAUCGAUGAUACUACCGAAGAAAGAGAAAAGCGGACGAGUCAGUUGUGCUAGCCAGGGCCCGACCUUCAAUCCUCAGGAUGUGAUGUUUCUCAUCGGCGAUCCUGAUCCUUUACUUCGAAUUCCCUCGGAGCCGUGUUCUGAACUUCUAUCCGAAAUAGGAGAUGAACGCCUGAAGCUGGACUUGCAGCGCUACAAAAGCUUGGAAAAUCGUCGAGCAAUCUUUCCAGAUGAUGACCGCUGUCCCAAGCAAAAACCCUCAUUUAUGCAACUUAAAAAGCUCACCGAGGAGUAUUCUAAUAUCAUUGACUCUGUGACCAAGAAGGUCAAAGAAAUGGAACCGCAAUCGAGCUCGUUGGUUCCUACGGAGCCACCUUCCGAUGCGAAUGUCAUAACUCCAUUUUACACACCGCGGUCUCUAAGUCUUGCUCCCGUGAAAUCUGGCAUACCUGUUUCUGUUAGAUCCGACUUAUUACAUGGCGUGAAACCUAUACGGUUCUGUCCUGUCUGCUUGUGCUCCAUGUCGUGGAUGCCAAAAUAUGCACCAUGCCCUCAAUGCAAUACUAAAGCAGUUCCCAUACUCCAAGGACAUCCGAUCGAGAAUAUUACGGCAGAAGAAAUUUUGGCUGAACAACUAGUAAAACCAAAAGCACCGCCCGGAGUCGAGGACUUUUGUGAGCCACCAUGCGAAAAGGUGCGCCGGAAGAUCUGGAACGAUACCGAGUGCCCACCAUGCCGUUGUACAUGCUCUAAGGGUAAUACCUGCCCCCACUGCCGAAUCCGCAAGAUGUGCGAUGACAUUUUUACCGCCAAGAGUCCACCAAAACCUCCCCGCCGAAUUCCGAAGCCCCGGUCAAGUGAGGAUUUCUGUGUGGUCAUGGAAUCUGAGGGGGAAGAUGAUCUUCCCUACCUGGCGAAGGUAUUUUCCGAGCUAAAGAAUCUGUACCAUAUCCACGACACCAAGAAGCUUUCAGCUAUUAAGGAACGCUGCGCAUCUCAGUCCUUGUUCACUAUCCGCAGCAGGCGAUCCAUCAAGGAGCUGACCAAAUCGCUAUACCCAGGAGACAAAAUACUUGACGGAAGAAGCCAUCAUCCAAAGGCUGGCCACAAAAACUGCAUUUCGUCCUCAAGCAUUGUGUCUCGUCGCCAUGGUUGGAACUGGACAAAAAGUUGCGAGGCACGGAAGAAUGGCUGGCGGCCAGGUGCCAUCCUACGAUCCUCUGGCCAUGUGAUGCGUCACUUCCUGAUGCGAAGUAGAGAUCCGAAUAUGUGCGGCAAGGUAACAGCUGAUUACGAGGAACAGAAACGAUUUGGCCAUCCCGUGCUCAAUAUUUGCAAGCGAAAUGGUAAUAUAUUCGUAACCCUUCGUCCACUGCCCACUUUGGGUAUGAAACAGAAACCCAUAACGUUCCGGAUCGUCAAGAGCGAUAUGGCGGUGGCACUGCGCCAGAUCAAGCGUGCUCUCAAGGAUCAGGGCUUCGAGAAGUGCAAGUGCCACCAGUCCCUGAUGAUGUGCACCUGUCGCGAUGCCUUGGAUAAAUUUCACCUGAAUAAGGCUCUCAAGAAAGAGUGCCAGAAGCGUUUUAUAGAGCCAUGUCCCGACCACUUGGUGCUUACCGACACAAGUGAGAGCGAUUUGGAGUUCGAUCUGGAUGUGACUCCGCCGGCGGGAACUCGUAGACCGAAGCGCAAAGCCCUUAGGAACGUGGUGAAUCAUAGCACCCAGACUGCAAUGAAGGAGCCACCAGUUAUACCGCCUCCAUAUCCAGUAGCCCACAAUCACUUCUAUAGGGCCUACGAUUGCGCAGCAGGAGAUCGGUAUAUGGGCACAGCCUUCGGCGAUAAUAUAGAGACCGUUUUCGAGGAUGGAGUCUUUGGAUACCGGGGUGGUGGCCAGCAUGGAAAGCCCGUAAUCUGGCGACACCCGAAGGUGUGGGGCAAGAAGGCCCAGGCACCACUCCCGAUUGGAACCGCUAGGAACGCCAUCGAUCCUUACCGGUAUACCAAAAAUGUUUGGAAAGAACUGCCGCGAAAGAUAAUACAAAAAAUGAGAGCAAAAUCAAGGAAAUAAUUGUAUUCUUUUAUUAAAAGUCAAAAUGU